CGGAAACGGAUCCACCCGUCGACGGCGGAAGCGUUCCCAUCUCGCGGACGCGCCUGCGCGACGGAAGCCGCGCGGGCGGUGGCCGCGAGACAGAGAAAGGAUUCGGAAGAGUGGCGGAAGUGAAAACUUAUUGGUCGAUGGGAGAUCGCCAACUGCGUGUGAUUGGGAUGCGAUUAGAAGACAGAAGAAAAACCUGUUUUAACCGAACCCCGGACGAAUUCAACGCUUCGUACACGGAAUGAACGACAGUUCCACCUAUCACGAUUACGGAGCACCGGUGGUGGGUGUUAUGGUCGGAGUAAUUUUGAUCGUCAUGGUUCUAACCGUGGCGGGUAACGUCAUGGUGAUCUUGACCGUAGUCAGGCACAGAGGCAUGAGAACCAGAACCAACAUGUUUCUGGUCAACCUGGCUGUGGCCGACAUCUUGGUGGCAGUCUUUAACAUGCCCGUCUCCCUAAUAACCUUGAUCAGGGGAGACUGGAUUUUCGGCCGAGUAUUUUGCCAGAUCAGCGGCUUUUCCAUGGCCGUCUUCUUGAUAUGUUCCAUUCAGACGUUGAUGUGCAUAAGCGUACAUAAGUACGUGUCCAUAACGCGUCCGUUCAGUCGCACCAUGACUCCCGAGAAGAUACUGACCAUGAUAGCAGCCAUUUGGAUUUGGUCCGUUCUGUGCGGAAUGUCGCCAUUGCUCGGAUGGAACACCAUCGUUUACAAGAAGGGAUCCUCCCAGUGUGGACCCAGUUUGCCUAACAGCUGGUUGCAGUAUUCGCAUUCUAUUUUCAUAAACACCACCAAUUAUAUUGUGCCUCUGUGCGUCAUGUCCUUCUGUUACUUCCACAUAUUCCGAGAAAUCAAUCGGCAUCUACAGAGAAUUCGAAAAACGUCGAACGUGGACUUGGACGAAUCCGUUUCUCAACAGAAAAAAAUAACUGUGACCUUGGUAUUAGUUCUGGCUUGCUUCUUGCUAUGUUGGACUCCUUUUAUCGUAUAUUCCAGCGCCGUUUCUAUCUUGAAAGACAAAUCGAAGAUGCCCAGCAUCAUUAACCCAGUGGCUUAUUGGUGUGGUUACUUGAAUUCCGCCUGCAACCCUGUCAUCUAUGCCCUCCGCAGUCCCUCUUUUAGACAGGGAUACCGCGAAAUCAUGUGCGAAUACGUCCCAGUGGAUAACGGGCGAGCGGGUGGUGGCAUUUCCGGCAGAGCGGGACGUUCCGGAACAGCUUUUUCUGCCCCAUGUACUCCGGCUACAGGGAGAACAAGAUUGGCUGUUCCCGCUGCCAAAAAAACGCUUCUGUCCGACACCGCCUGGGCAAGUCUGCCUCUUCUAUCGGUCAGGCCCUGUCAUCCGGAUUCUUCAGGAGGUAUGCCUCAUCCUCCUACUUCACUCGAGACUAAAGCCGUCGUCCCAGUCGGGAUUUCCGGAAAUCCGACGAGCGAUCGUGUAGAAGAACUUCGAAGCGGCGAGGAGCGGAGUUCCAGCGAGAGGUCUUCGGCCGCCGCCACACCUUCCGGGUCCCCCGGGUGUUUCCGACGGACUCAGUUUCGCUCCCGCUACCGUGCACACCGAGCUUCUCCGACGGUGACCCAAAAGUUCGCAUCGGUGGACCGAUUGGACGUUUUAUUUCCCGAGAAGGCCGGAAUCUGGACGUCGAGAAUCAGUCUUCGCCGAAAGAAGAGGAGAUGGACUGCUUAUCCCAUCCCCAAAAAAGAAAACGUCCUACAAGAGGCUCUUUCUCGGAACUCUGACGAAGGAAUUUCCGCAAAAAACUCCGACAAUUCGGAUGGAAAAAAUAACCGGAUCAAAGAAUAAUAAAAUUGUCUUUUAUCCACAGUA